ACAACUUUUUAACUUCACAACACAACUUGCUGCAACAUUACUGACCUUUGUAUCACACUUCACGAGAGACAAUCGAAGGUAGCGAACCUUAAAAACCGCGAGACAUAGUUCAAACGUUCACAUAAAAACCAAACAAAUAUAUAGCUUACAAACCUGUAUUAGUUGCAGGGAAUAUAUAUAAACUAUUCUUGUUUUUAUUUGGGCUUACUGCGUUCAGUAUUAUUUGACAUUUUCCAGACCUUUACGUCACUCUUAAUUUAAGGUUUUCUUGCUACGCGUCGCGUUCAACGAAUACACACCAGACAUGUCAGACUCUCCUCCGAACCCAUUUGCUCCAAAAUCGCAUCUUCCAAGAUUCUUCUCUUCCGCUACAUCGAAACCAAAGCCAUUAAGUAACGUGCGACCAUCCCCUACAACAUCUGUUGUAAAGUCACUGGCAGGAACUAAACAAUUCGCUCGCGAGAAGUCCGAAUCGUUAAUAAAAUCGCUGAGACAUGAGCUUGACUCAUGCAAAUCUGCGCUGAAGGAAGCAGAACUUGCGAACGAAAUAAAAAGUAGUCAAAUGGAAGCUCGUUUGCAGGAACAAUGUUCUUCUGAAAAGCUGCUUCGUGAACAGAUUGAACUUUUAAAAAAGGAAAACAGUGAAGUACUUACUCGACUUAAAGUGUCUGAGAAACAGUUUGCGGAUGAGAAAGUAUUGCUUCAACAGAAAGAAGCAUCACUUCAGCAAGAGUUACAGCAAGAAAAAGCCCAGUCAAGUAUCACGAUAACACAACUGACACAAAAUGUGGCAGCUAUGGAAAAAAAGGUGAUAUCGUCUGAGGAACAGUACACUUUACUAGAAAAGCAACUGAAAUUGACGAACGAAAGAAAGGAGGAAUUACAGACAAAAUAUCAAGUAGUUGUUGAAGAAUGUGACAAACUCCGUGACACCGUUACGUCUCUUGAGGAGGCAUGCAAUCUGCAAAGUGUUAAGGCGCAAGAUACAGAAAGCAUAAAAGCAUUACAAAUCCAAAACGAACAACUCCAGACAAAACUGAAUAGUUUGGAAAAACUGGUCGAUCGGCAGUCUGCCACUCUUUCUUCAAAUGCCCUUGAAAAGCAUAAUUUCAAAUUGCUAGAAGAAGAAAAAAAGUCUCUUUUGACCAAGCUUUCUGUGUUGGACGGCUUCCGGGAUAAAGUUGCUACUCUUGAAUUAAAAAACAAUGAAUUAGAAGGCAAACUACGACCAUAUUUGGAGCUAUUGGGAGAGACAAAACGAGAACCCCACGACAUAUUGCACGAGUUGUCAGCUUUAGAAAUGGAAAACAAAUCCUUACGUGAAGAAUCAAAUAGACUAACGGAAACUGUCGCAAAAUUGAAAACUGAACUAGCGGGUGCAAAUUCUGUGCCUGAACUUGAAGAAGAAAUUACAUCCUUAAACGAGACACAACGCGAAUUAGCAAUGCAGUUGCGGCGGCUAACUUUGCAGAAAGACUUAGCCUUACGAGAAGUCCACUUGCUCCGUGAGAACUUAAAAAGUUAUAGUGAAGAAGAGUCCGUCCUGUCGCCAGAGACAUACGAUAAGAAAAAGACGGAGCGCAUUGAUUCCUUGACAAAGCUAAUUGAUGACUAUAAAAGUACACUCGAAAAUGUUUCCAUAAAGCCCGAGGUAAUGGAUGUGCCUGUUAAAAGAAAACGGGAAUCUCUAGGACUUUCAAGAAGCAACUUCUCAGAUUCACUGAAGGACAAAAUGAAAGAGCUUUUUGAAAAUUUAGAACGCACCCGAUUUGAGUUGAAGGAGAAAGGGGAAGUGGAACAGUUUCUUCGGACUGAAAUUGCGAACUUUGAACGCAAUAUGGCAGAGCUUCGCCAACAAAACUUGAAAAUCUCUGAACUUUUGAACGCGCGUGUUCUGCAACAACGAGAUAAUCCAACACUCUGUCAUGAAAGAGUGAAACAAAGUACUCUUGAAUUGUUGCAAAAAGAAAAUGCAAACCUUCGUACAAUGCUUACUCAAGGGGAAUGUGACACAGUGCCUUUAGAGUCGCUUACACUUAGUGAGCAACGAUGCAAGCAACUUGAGAUAGAGCUAAAGUCAAGGGAAAAACGUAUGCAACGUUUGAAAGAAGUUUUUGCUCUAAAAUCCUCUGAAAUAAGAGAAGCUGUAUACUCCUUAUUGGGUUAUAAACUCGAAUUCAUGUCUAACGGUUGUGUGCGAGUGACGUCUAUGUACGCAAAAGAGGGCGAUAACUCAUUUCAGUUCGACGGUGAAUCAAGUACUAUGCAAAUUCUUGGUUCUUCAAAAAGUCCUGAGAUACAAAAUUUGGUCAAAUUUUGGUGUGAAGAACGAAAAACGAUUCCGGGUCUAUUAUCUGCACUCACACUUGAACUUAUUGAACGAAAUGAAAAUACAAGGUCAUAA